UGUUCUGUAGUCCAUCUGCAGGUUCUGCUGUUGGUUGGCUUGGUGACAUUCUGUCUCUGUCUAAUCCUGGGCUGUGUGUUGUGCUGGAAGAGGAGUAAGACCUGUCCUCUCCAAGACCAGGAGCCCAGAACACCACCACCACCUGGUGACACCAUGACACCGGGAGUCCAGACACAGAGCCCCGCUUCGCCUCAUCCUCCCCAGGCAAGGACCACCACAACCAGGCAGCAGUACGAGGACCUAGACGGGGAGGUGGUGGAGUACCCCUCCACCUUCAGCAGCACUACUCCCUCCGAUGACGACUUCACCACCCUUCCCCUCUCCUCCCACCACUCCUCCCGUGGAGCCUCCUCCGAGCACAAGGAGCAGCAUCCCAAGUCCUACUUCCCCCUGCGUCGCCUAUCCACCCCCUCCAUCUCCUCCCCGUAUUACAAGCCCAUGAACUCCCACCACGGCAGGGGACGCUCCUCUUUCCCCUCCCUCCCUCGUCUGGUUCUCAUCUCCAAGACUCGCCAGACUCUGGAGCGGAGUUGCUCCAUCACGGGACACAGCCUCUACAGCGAGCGCAGAAGACUCACCAGUACAUCCUCAUACCGUACCCCUUCCACCUGCGCUUCCGAGGAUGGCCACUUCGCCCCCAUCCCACUCCACACCCUCCACUAUGGGUCCAGCUGCAGAGCACCAGCUCCUCGUCCGGUCCCAACCCUCCACUUUACCAUGUCCUUCUCCUCAGAGAAAGGCACCCUGAGCAUCACAGUCCUCAGCCUGACCGGAACCACUCACCGCCUGGGGGAGGUGUCUGUGAUGGCCAGCCUAGCCCCUCUGUGCCCCUGCCCCCUCCAGGCCUCCACCCUCUGUAGUCCCAGUCUUAGCCCCAACCCCAGCCCUAGCCCUGGGCCUAGUCCGGACCCCUACACCCUGGGCUUGACCCUGAAGGCUGGUUCCCUGGAGGAUCUUCAGCGCUGUGUGCUCAGACUGGCUGUGUACACACGAAACCUACCCAGCCUGAGGGGCUCUCUGCUGGGGGAACUAGAGGUACAGCUGGGGGGAAUGGACUGGAAGACAGAUCAUUCCAUCCACUGUACUAAGGAGCUUAACCCCAAGAAGUGGAAGCUUAAAAAGAGCCUGACCUCCCAGGAUGCGGCGACCAGCAGAGGACUGAGCCUCAGCCCACAGGUCCAGGGUCAGCUGUUUAUUCUGCUCCAGUAUCAGACCCUGGCCCACCGCGUCAAGGCCAUGGUCCUCCAAGCAUAUAACCUGGGCAACCUUACACCAGGAGCACCAGACUACCAUGUGGUGAUCAACCUGCGUCAUGACGGGUUGGUGAUCGGAACCAAGGAGACCAAGGGUGUGGGCGGGGCCAACACCCCCUUCCUGUUUGACCUGCCCCCUGGUGAUGUCACUACGCUGCCCCUCGUGAUGGAGUUCAUCGUCAUGCAGGAGCACGUGUACUCCAAUAACACGGUGCUGGGGAGAGUUCUGAUUGGUUCAGAGGCUCCAGAGACGGGACGUUCUCAUUGGAAGGACAUGUGUAGCCGGGGUCAGGUGGAGAGGGCACGCUGGCACACCGUCCAACCAGAACCUUUGGAAAACAAUAAAAACCAAUCAGACUCCAGAACAUUGGGAUACUAA